AUGUCAACGAGCAACUCUGCGGCGCCGCAUCAGCCAUCGCCCAAGCCGACUACAGACAGAUCUCACAGUCGACAAAACCGUCUCAGAAACGCGUUGUUUUGUCUGGUAUUCAGCCGACAGGCAUUCCCCAUGUCACUCGGAAAUUACCUCGGAGCCCUCUCUAACUGGGUUAAACUACAAAAGACAGCAGACCCCGGCGACACAUUGCUCUUCUCUAUCGUCGGAUGGCAUGCGCUGACUUUGCCCCAAGAUCCCGCUGUGCUACGGUCGUCCAGAGAUGACAUGUUGGCAGUUUUGUUGGCUAUAGGGCUCGACCCCGAACAAUCCAUUCUAUUUCACCAAGACCACAAUUCACACCACGUAGAACUGUGCUGGAUCCUGAACUGCUUGACCCCGGUUGGCAAACUGCGUCGAAUGACAACAUGGAAGUCUCGGUUGGCCACUUCUAGGAAUGCCACCUCAGAGACCGAAGUGGACGAAUCGCUUUUGAACUCGGGCUUGUUCACGUAUCCUGUUCUUCAAGCUGCGGACAUACUCGUAUACAGGGCUACCCAUGUUCCCGUUGGAGAAGAUCAACAACAACACAUAGAACUAACACGAGAUCUUGCGGAAACAUUCAAUCGUACGUUCAAAGGAGAAAAGCCAUUAUUCCCCCUUCCUAUAUACCUCAAUGACAGCGACUUGCAACAGCGCCUGUCGAAACGAAUACUGUCGCUCAGAGACCCGACAUCCAAGAUGUCCAAGUCAUCACCGGACACGGCGUCUCGUAUCCUCUUGACGGAUACCGCGUCUCAGAUCAAGUCUAAGAUCCGUGCUGCCGUGACUGACUCGAUACUGGGUGUCACGUACGAUCCUAUCUCUCGUCCAGGAACAUCCUAA